AUUUCGUGGAGUGUGUCGAAGUUGCGCUCUUUUUUGUUUUCUUUAUGUUCUAUUCCUUGUUUUGUGCUCAAUUUCGUUUUUCUGCAGAGAAAAAGAACAACAACAACCGUUUUGACAUUAGAAUGCAUUCGAGCCUAUCCUAUCAUUUUCGCAUGUUCUCAAUUGUACUCAUUGCUUAAACAUUGUGCAUUCCGCUUUGUACUCAUAUUCACUCAACUCAUGCAGAUGUCUACUAAGUAUAUAUUGUAUGGACAUCUGAUAGUUUUUGCAGAGGAAACAAGUCUUCAUUCCCGGUUAUAUUAUUUCACAAUAGAAAAGGACCAAUAUGGAUACUGUGACUCAAGCUCAAUCGAUCGAUUUAAGCGAUCUUAAUGAUUUUCUGUACGAUCUAAUUGAUUUGCUUCAGUCGCAAAUCACAGGAUUGGCUAUGAAUCGAGUACUGCAGUGGAUCAGUACCCAGACAAAGAAGAAAAAUGUAAAUCUGUCUCAGAAGAUAUUCCAAAAGCUAGUUACAGCGAUGAUUGCAGCCUUUGAAGAAAAUGAUGCAGCUGCCUCCUCGAAGGAGCAUCGCCAAUUGGUGGCCAAUGUCUUGGAAUGUGUGCAACUCCAAGUCGAAAAGUUUCCCAGUGACGAUGGAAAAUUAAUUCUAAAUCGUUUGUGGUCGCUGAGUGUGAAUGGCGACCAUCUCCAUCCUCUCGCUGGGCAGAUACUCGUCCAGCUAUUAGAUAAUUUUGACCUCGGACUAGAACAGUGUCCACAAUUACUGACGAUUAUUCAGCAGCUACUCCAAUCAGACGAAGAGAUGAAUCGUCAAUCGGCCUUAUUCAUUAUGCAUGAACUUGAGAAAAACGAAGUCGGAAAUGCUAUAAAGUGUCCCAAAAGCCUAUGGUCCGAAUACAUUAAUGCAUUGGAGCUUCUUGAAGCACAGCAGAUGCCUCUUAACCUAAUCAGUUUGUUGGAUAAUCUUAAACACCUUGAUUUGUCUCCGUGGUUGAGCAUUUUAUUUCUCGGCCUCUUACAAUCUGAGAAUAUAACUGUUGUUUAUGCAACAGUAAAAUAUGUUGUAACCCAUUUAAAAUUCUCCAACUUGACUGAUUGGAAUCUGGUGGAGAAGUUUCUGGCGGCCACCAAUAGGAUGCAGUUGUUCGAUGUCGAGGAUGACGAACAAUUGCCUCGACUCUUUGGAAACUUUUUAACAACAGAGGAAUUAGGGUCAUUUAUCAAAGCUUUUGUUAACGUUCCUUGGAAAUGGAAUGGUGUUCCAUUAUAUGAAUGGCUCAUAUGUAUACCGAAAGAGGAAACCGGACAAUCACUGUGUGCUGAUAAACAAACGCUUCUUAAACUCGCCACUCUAAUUAAAGAAAUGGAAAAUUUCACACUUCGGGAAAAAUCCGCAGAUUAUAUUAGUUGUUGUUUCCAGACAACACUUGAUAAUUUGUCUAUAGAGGAAUACUUGAUUUUCAUUGACACGAUUUCCAACACUGCAGACUUAUUCGAUUGGGAUGAAGAAUGUUUAUUAAGAAAAGUAGUUGGUUGCAACAAUUUUGAGAGAGAAAUUAUACACUUUACCAAAGAUCGAUUAGAUAAAAUUAUGAAUCUGUAUAGGGACAUCGAAUUGGCUAAUGCUUUAAUUGAUGAACUAAACAAAUUACCAAGAGCUCAACAUGGAUGGUUGCGCCUAUUCUUAAUAACUCAAAUCAAAAACUCUAAAGGUGUUAAAGAUUUCUACUCCACAGAGUAUAAAGUGGAUAAAUUGAUUCUAUGUGGUAAAGAUUUGAAGAAAUUACAGCAACAUUUGAUCGAUAAACUAGUGUGUGAAACUUUGGAAGAGAAAUCUGUUGUAUUAGAAAAGUCUGUGGAUUUCUUCGUUACCACCCACUUGAAUAAUUGGAAUAAAAUAGAAGAGUUUCAACUGAAGCCACUGGAAUUGCUUCAACAGGGUGGAGAGAAGACAUUUGUACAUCUGUGUGACCUUUUAGCAAAUUGUAAUGAUAGGAAACAGGACGAGAAUAUAUUGACGGCUAUGAUCGCCAAACUAAAACAGUUUCCAAAUUAUGGAGCAGCUUGGAAUAUCGGAGAAUAUGCAUUAAAGCAUUUGACAAUUGAACAACAACAAUCUAAUCUUUUCGUGGACUUAAUCUGCGGUGGUAAUGAUGAUAUUGUUGGUGGACUAUUCCAUUCUGGUGUGCAGCUGCCUUUGGAUCUAGUUAUUCAGCUUAUUAUGUCUAUUUCAAUUCAUACUGAUGAUUCUUGGAUUAUGGCAAGCUACUUAAAUGCCAAUGGCUCUCAACUACUAAGUCAUUACUAUAUUUAUUAUGGCGCUUGGCAACCCAUUUCAUAUGUAAAAGAAAUCGUUAAUGAAUUAUUGCGCAUAAACAAGGAAAUAUCGGAAAAAAACCCUCGAUAUAGAAGCAACUCCGAGCAGCACAGGACUAAAUUUUUCAUUGCUUUCGCUUUGUUGACUUUAAGGAAACAAUAUACAGACAUUCUAUGGUCGGCAUUAUUUUCUUCAACUGAUCAGUUGAAUAUUAUAUUAAUGUACGAAAUAAUAGUGGCUAGGAGCAUAUCCCACCCAGAUGGUCUUCUGGAGCGUUUGCAGUCUAUAGCCAGUCUGGAGACAGACCAUCAAAUGUCUCUACUGUCGGUUACAAAUAUUUUCAUCCACCUCAAAUGGAGUUCACUUAAAGAAGAUCAAAUUCAAAACAUGAUUAACUCGCUGCUGCCUCUAACUGUAGAAGCAGUUUUACAAGUUGGCCAAUUUGCUAAUUUAAUUGUUAAUGAAAUAAUAAAAAAGUCGAAGGAUGAAGGAUUAAAAAUUCCAAUGGUUAAUACAUUGCCUUCACCAACUGGUGUUAAAUUGGCAGAGUUAUCGGUUGGAACUCAAUUAGAAGUUCGUCUUUUAUUACCUGAGCUAGACUUGGACACAGUGAAAUCUCCUUGGACAUGGUAUAUGUCGAAUGUUAAACCACGAGAUGUGUCCGAUGACAGAUUAUUACAAGCCAAACAGAUUCGAAAAGCUAUUAAAUUGUCAUCAAUUGAAAUUCAACCGAUUAAGAGAAAUGAAACGAUUUUGACUUCAAAAAUUGACAUAUAUCCAAAAUCAGACCUAGAUUCGCCCAAUAUCUCAGCCAAUAACGCAGAUCUCAUUGUGGCAGCUGUUCUUAUGGACGAAAGGACCAAUCUAAACGAUCUAUUGCAAACUUGCCGAGCACUUGGUGUUCGCUCACUUAUAGUGAGCGAUUCUUCGAAUUUAAGUGAGAGCUCUGAGGAUACUUUAAACAUAGUUAAGCUUAAACCAGAAUUACUAAACAAGUAUUUACGUGAGAAAAAGCUGGAAAAUUAUAAUAUCGUUGCCACCCAAAAUACAGCAACCAAUAAUAAUUUCAUUGAAUAUCGUUUCGCAAAGCAAACUGUUUUGCUAUUCAGUAACCAGCAACGCGACAUUCCGGAGAACCUGAAGCCUUUACUGGAUAAUACAAUUGAAAUACCACAUAAUGACUUUCAGCAUGCUCAGCACUUGCUGAUUUUUAAGUUUUUCAAACAAUAUUACUAAUCAGCAGUUUCAAUUCGCAAGACACCACAGAAGGUCAACAUUUUCUUAAUUUAACUUUAAUUUUCUUAGUUUAAUAGUCUUAAGCCGAUCCGGCUUAGCAGACACUUUGAAUGAAUAAACGGACCUUUCUUUAAAAUA